AUGGUUUCCUUCAUCGCUUUGCAGAUAACUGAUGCAGAAAGUUUGGCUUUGUUCGUGAGCCGUCAACGUCAACUGACGAUCACAAUGGGUAUCUCUGGUAUAUUCACGUUGAUUCUUUAUGUGAUACCAGUAUUUGUUGAAAUCUUAACGAUGCGUUCCAUAUGGAUGUGGGAUAUCGAUAAUAUUGCGGUGGCGUAUGCUGUGAUCAGUUCGAAUCUGAAUCCGAUUUUCAACGUUGCUAUUAUUAUGAUGAAACAAGUAGAUAUUGCUGCUGCUGUGCGAAAAACACUUUGCAUAUUCUCGUGCAAAACAACGCGCACAAUAAUCGUUGCUACUCAUCCCUGA